UCAAGAAAAACUAAUACACUGAAGAGAAAACGGGAAGAAAUUAGCAAUGAAGAGUGGAUUAAGGCUAUGGAGAUGAAGAGAAAGAAGAAGAACAGCGAGCAGGGUAGCCUGAAUCCGCCGCGGCCACCAAAUUUGCCAGAAGAAUUUGAGACAAAGAUCAUGGGUGAAUAUGGUGGAACAAGAAUCAUAAGAGUCAUACAAAAGUCUUUGUCCAGCACAGAUGUAAGCAGAGGACAUAGUAGAGUCUCUAUUCCUUGCAGCCAAGUUGAGAGUUUUGAGUUCUUGGAGGAUGAUGAGAUGACACUUUUAAGGAAAGGGCAAUCCAUUACUGUGCCUUUGAUUCACAAACCAAGAAGGAAUGGGAUCCCUCUUCCUCUCAUGGAGACAUCAUUGGAAUUUGGACAAUGGGAUUUGCAUAAAGACAAAAAUGAUAUUCAUAAAGUAAGUUAUCAGUACUUGUUGAGAACCAAUUGGAAUACAAUAGUAUCAAGAGAUGAACUCAAACAAAGAGACACUGUUCAAGUCUGGGCGUUUCGAAGUGCACAGAGAAAGCUUUGCAUGGCACUUGUUGAGGUUUGAGGAUGAGGAGGAGGAGGAGGAUGAAGAGAAGCAACAGCUCAAUAGAAGAACAAAAGAAUUCAAAUUUGGGCGUUUCAAAUUGUUUUUCCAUUAUUAUUUUCAUUGUU